AUGAAGAUAUGGAGUGUGCACCUGCAAAUUCUGAAGCAACAGACGAACAAUUAGAUGAAGAGGAUCAGGAAGAUACCAGUUCAACAAUCCUUCCAGUUCUAGAUGGCAGCAGCCCUUCUGUGCGUUUCAGCAAGUCCUGCCUGAAGAAUGUCUUCUCUGUAAUACUUCUCUUCAUAUAUCUGGUGCUUAUGGCAGUAGCCAUUUUUUUGGCCUAUCAAACCAUCGCUGACUUUAGGGAAAAACUCAAGCAUCCUGUGAUGUCCGUCUCAUUCAAGGAAGUGCCCUCUUACGAUGCCCCUGGUAUUGCCCUCUAUCCAGGCAAGGCUGAAUUGCUAACCUGCAAGCAUCACUACUAUGAUUACAUUCCACCUCUGGUCAACCCAGGCCAGCCAGGGAAAAUUGAAUGCAUUACUCAGAGAAUCAACUACACAGAUCCUUUUACUAAUGAAACCAAGAAACAUGCUGUGAUUGUCAAGGGACCCCAAGAUGUGAAGAAACGGGAAUUGGUCUUCAUGCAGUUUCAUCUAAAUGAGAUUGAUCAGGAUUUCAGUGCAAUAGAUUAUCUUCUUUUUUCUUCAUUCCAAGAUUUUCUCAACAGUCCGAACAAAUCAGAAUUUAUGAAGGUGUGUGAGAGCUCCUAUUCCAGUUGGAAAUUCUCUGGAGGUUUCCGAACUUGGGUCAAAAUGUCUCUGGUGAAAACAAAAGAAGAAAAUGGCGUGGAGGCAGUUGAAUUCAGGCAGGAGAUUAGUGUGGUUAACUAUGUUGAACAGAGGACAAAAGCUGGCACUGACCAGCUAUUUUUUGUGGUGUUUGAAUGGAAAGAUCCUUUUAUUCAGGAAGUUCAAGAUAUUGUCACUGCAAAUCCUUGGAACAUGAUUGCUCUUUUGUGUGGUAUAUUCCUGGCUUUGUUUAAAGCAGCCGAUUUUGCCAAACUGAGUGUGAAAUGGAUGAUAAAAAUCCGAAAACGGCAUCUCAAGAGAAAAACUCAAGCCUUGAACCACAUAAAUUGAUAACAGUAUGCUUCACAGAUUUCUGUUUCACUAAGAAGUACAAAUAGGACAACUAAACCAAUACAACCACUGUCUUACACAAGAAAACUGCAUUGAUGGAAGGACAAAUUGCUUCGCUGGAUUGAAUUUAACACUUGGAAGUUUUAGAAAAUGAUUGACUCUUUAUAAAUCCAUAGUCUUUUCUAAAAAUAUGAUUUCUUUUACAAACUGCUACUUAGUGGUAGGGAUAUUCCUGAAACAAUAUUUAACUUCCUGUAAGAAAAGAAACAAUUUUUAUGAAGUAGGAUAUCUUUUAAAAAAUAGGGAGGAAUCUAAAAUACAACGUAUACCAGUAAUGAGUUUAGUUAAUCCUGUUCCCAAGCAGUAAGUCUGAUCACCUAUCAACUCAGGGACAAAAACCUUUGCUCCAAGGCCUUCAACUGGAUAUGCUGUCAGUCAAAGGGGACAGUACUUUAUUGGAUUCUGAUUCAAUAUUAAGUAUCACUUAUAUUCCAACUGUUGCUCUGACAAACACACUCCAAGGGAUGAAAGCACAUUAUUAAAACAGUAUGCACUAAUUGUAUAUUGAAUACCACUGAUUCACAACUAACCCAAAAAGCACAACAAAAAAGAUUGAUCAAUAUUGGUUCUCUGCGGGGCAUAACAGGUAGAUUUCUUGGUGCUUCUAUCUGAAAUUAUACAUUCUCUGUUGGAUUUCAGCUCUUUAUGUGUUGGGACUUGUAGUUGCUAAAGCAGGGACAAUCUUUUUUAUAAAAAGAACAAUUGAUCUCUGAUAACCACUGGAGGCAUUGUGAUGAUGUGAUAUGCUGCCAGAUUUGGGAGGUGUGGUGCCACAUGCCAGUAUUGGUUUGCCUACUCCUCUGUUAACAGAAUGCAGUACAAUAAACCUAAAAAUAGCUCUUGUCUUCACAAGAGUUAUUAACUAAAAGAAGACAGAACACUGAAAACACUGGAAUUUUAUCAAGCAUUCCUGUUAGAUAAUACUUAGGUUGAAGAUUUUUCAAUAAAACAUAUCUCUGUACUACACUUACUCAAAAUAUUGGUACUGUCUUAAUAGAUGGAUAAAGUUCUCCAACCUUCAGACCUCUUCCAAAACCUAUAGAUAGCAAACUUACUCAUAAUUCCAUAAGCAAUAAAAAGAGAAAACACAUGUGGUAAUAGUGAAGUAUUACAAAGAUAAUUAUUUCUUAAAUGAGAAAUGUUUAAAUAGUUAUUUUAUAUUUACUUAAAACAUUUUUCUCCUAUUUAAAUCUUUCCAGGCAGAUUAUGGUAGUCCAAGAUUGUGUUCGUAUGUUUGAAAUGUUGCCCAUACAAAUCCAAAAUGCUAUUAUUAUAUCUAAUUCCAGGCAUCUGUAGACAUAAAUAUGAAGUCACUAGACAUCCGUUUUAUUUUCAAGUGUGAAUAUAUCUCCUGCCCAAAAGAUAGAAUCUUGUUUUGUUCAGUCAGUAAAGUGAAGAGAAGACUGAGGGCCAUAAAAUAUUAGAACAAUUUGCUGUUGGGUAAAAUGUAAUGGUGUCCACUGAGUAGAAUGAAUUGGCUUUUCUCCUAUAACUCCCCACCCUAUCCCAUGCUCCUAAAAACUACUUGACAAUAUUGGGGGACCUUUUGGAGCAGAUUUGAGUAACAAAAUCCCAUCAAAAAAGUAUACAGUACAGCUGUCCAUCCAACACUGGAUAGUGCCCAUUUUUUUUUCUGCAAAGGGCCUAACUAAAAUUAGAUCUAUUUUAUUUGUCAGCCUAUCUUCAUUUCAGUUUGAUAACUGCUACCUGCCUUAAUCUUGUUCUUAGUAUUUAAACCUUUUAAUUAAACAUUACAGUGUUAGUAAUUUACUUGAAAGUAGCCCAUCAAUAUAACCAUUCUAUUUAUAAUGAUUAAAUUACAAAGAUGGUAAUAUACAGCACUAAUUACAAACAUAAAGAUUUUAUUGAAUGCUGCUCAAUCCCUCAGUCUUUCAAUACAAAACCAUUUUCCACACAAUUGAAAUUUAAGAGGUUGGAAUGAUACUCUGAUAUAAAGAUCUGCAAAAGAACACCCCACUAUCAAGUAAAAACAAACAAAAUUUCAAGAAUCAGUUUUCGCCAUCUUAAGCACUGUAUUUUCUGUAACAAAAAGAGCUGUCUUGCAUGUCUGCAUAGGAAUUGCACAGCCCAAGCUUUAAACGGAGCAGCUGGGCACCCUGCAGGGCCAGGCUGAAAGCAAGAAUAACUAGGUUCUACAAAAAUUGUGAAACUAUAGAGUGCAAUUGAUAGUUCCAAUUUUACUUAUGGGAACAGAAACAUGAUUACUGAAUCUUUCUUAAGAGGAGGCAUGAGAACUAUGUGGAUAUCCUUGAUUAAAAGUUAACCAUCUUUCCUCAUUCAGAGCUCAUGUAACUGCUUAAGCAAAACACGUAAUGCAGUGUAAGUCCUGUCCAGGUAGUCUCCUCACACAGUUACAACUAUUUGAGGGAGAAGCCCAACUCAGCCGAGCUGAUCUUACUCUCUUCCAUGUCUCUAUCCAUUUCUACAGCCCACUCAGCCCAUGUUAAGUAGAGAAUACCUGUAAUAAGUCCUUUCUACUUGAGAAGGUUCCUCAUAUAAUUUUGAAUCUUGACCUCUCUAAACUGAGCAUUCUUAUACAAUAGCCUGACCUGUGAUACUGUAAUGGGCAGAUUCAACUCAAGUGAUAGGUGUUUACUCAGAAGCAAGCCCCACCUAGCCUCAUGGGAUUCAGUCCCAUUAACGUGGUAUUAGAUUUUCAUCUUAGUUUCGUUUCAGGAAACACAGUAAAGCUAGAAGUCUCUUCCUGAGUCUCAGCCAAAGGCCGCAGCACUACGAAAAGGACAUGGGGAGAAAAUGUAGUUACCUGACAUCUAUGCCUAAGUGCAACACAAUUAAGAAAGAAAAAGAAAACUUCAAGUCAAAAUUUCACCAUUCCCAUAAUUAAAUCACACACAUCAUAGAUGAUAAAACUCCUUUCUGUGAGAUGUCAGAAUUGACAAUAUAGCAAUGAUUAGAGACAAAUUUACAGUAUGCUAUGGUAAAUAAUAUCACAUUCAAUUACUGUAUUUCAGUUCAAAAAAAUUUCAUUUACAUUUUGCCAGAAGGGGGAAAAUGGUCAUUUCAAAGAUACUGAUGAGGUUUCUCUUCUGCAUUUUUACAUAUUUUUAAAAAAAUCUGUACAAAAGGGAUGCCUCACAAACAGAGGCUUUCACACUCACUUGGCACUAUCAUUUGGUAUAUUUAUCACAGAGGAGGAGGUAAUAUUCGGCUGGUUAGACAAAGUUUUCAUGAGUCUAAGUUCUUCCAGCUUUUUCCAUAAUUCUUCACGUUCUAAUUCUUUCUUCUUCCCUCUAUAAAAAAAUGUGAAAGAUUCUUUAUCCAUUAUACAUGUUAGCAGCUAAUAAAAAGUAUCAGAAAUCUUAAAGAUACCAUAAAGAUUAACUUGAUUAUCCUAGCAUGAGCCUGUUUGGUACCAGUCAGUACAGACGAUACUGAGCAGAUAAUGUCAAGGUUUAACUCCGUAGAAAACAAGUUUUUAACAUUUCAGUCUCUAUUUUCAAAAUAGCCUAAAGUAUAGAAAAAUAAAAAAGGUGAUGAGAGAAUAUAAGUAAAGCUUUACAUGAAUGAAUAAUUAACCUUGAUUAUAUUGUAGUGCUAUAAAAUACAGUAAUCAAAAA